UGACUUUGAAUCAGUCUGUCUUUGGCGCUCGAUCGAAACGUACGAAAAAGUUCUUCGUUGGUAAAACUCAGAAAUUAAUAAAAUAUAAUCAACUCAAAACCGAAAAAAAUUAAAGUAAAACACAGUAGUCACAGCACAAAAGCAAGAAGAAAAAAAGAAGUGCAUACAAUAAAAAAAAGAAAAAAUAAAAAUAAAAUAAAUAAGUAAAAGGACUGUGCAGCUUAUCGCGUGUAUAGCAAAAAAAAAAAGAAGAAACUUAGAUUAAAGAUAAUAAUAAUAAAAUUGAAAAAAAGAAACAAACGAAAGAAUAUCACAGAUAAUCAAAUACUUGAAAAAGGUUCGUGCCAUUCUAUACAAUUAGCCACAUCUAUUUGGCAUACCGUGAAAAGCACAAUUUCAGUGUUAUUAUCUAGUUGCAUACACUCGCGAUUCUGUGCUCUCUGUGUGUUUUUCAACCCACUGACGCUUUCCUUCAUUACGCCCCACACGCAGCGAUCCAAGCGAAGCUGAAAACACUCGCCUGCUAAAAAGUGGCAGCAAACCGCGGAUAUUGAUUAUAAAAAAGAAAUCCGUUCACAUUUAUAUAAACUACGUGAAUCGCGUUUACGUGACUUAUAUCAAGGCGAAAUAAUGGCUGGCAAUUACGCUAAAGAUCCUUUGAACCCAUCCCACGGUGAUUCUUUGGUAGGUCAAAACUUUCAGGGUUUAAAAUCCCAAGAAGUGCGCGAUUCAAUGGCCCCCAUAAAUGAUUUAAAGUUCCAUUCAAUGACUCUGAAUCAUCCCAAUACUACCGGUUGGGAUGUGCAAACUUCGUCAGAGGUAAGUCCUGACGGACGCGCCUAUCGCACUGAAACCUUGGCCACCACAGAUGGCGUUGAAAAGAUCAACGGAGGCACUGCCGAGUUUCGUGGACGUAACGAGCAGCGUGCCAGUGCUUCCCAUCAAGGUGACGAUAAGAAUUUCGUAAAGAAGGCAUCGGAAAGCUCAAAUACUCAUUUGCAAGAGCAUGUCGUGGUUGGCGAUGAAAAUUCCGGUCGCAGCGAAAUGAAGAUGAGUUCGACCACCACAUCGUCCUCAUCUCAAGUGACCUCGUCAUCUUCGACUGUUGAAUAUGGUGGCGCGGAGCCGUUGGAGGGUAGAUAUAUUACCGAUAAUACCAACCAGCAUCACCAACGUCUUACGCAAGAACAAUACAAUCAGCAACAGCAGCAGCUGCAACGUCAGCAACAGUUGCAGCAGCAGGAAUUCGAACAAACUAAGCAAUAUCAGCAACAACAACAUCAGCAACGCGUGCAACAGCAAACAGAAAUUAAUAGUAAUCGCCAAGAAUCCACCACCAGCCGCAACGUGGAGACUCAACAGACGAGGGAGCAGAGUCGUCGUGUUGUUGAUAUGGAUAAGGCAUCGCCUGAAUAUCAGCAACAUGUGCAAUAUCUCAUGCAACAACCCGGCGAGGUGAUAUCAAACACGGUUGAAUAUCCCAAGCCGAAUGUUAAGAUGAUCACCACCGUUAAGCGUUUGCCUGACGGCACCAUCGUGAAGAAUAAGCGGUACGAAACGGAAGAGUUAAGUCCAACAGUGGAGAGCCAACGCCAACGUACGACAUCUACAACGAGCCAGAGCAGCACUCAACAAAGAAACGAACAACAGCGACGUCAACAGACCGAGGAAAAUGUCUACAAUCGUCAACAAAAUGUGCGCAACAACGUCCAUGACAGCAAUGCUCCCAGGCGACCGGAACACGAUGUCGUCGAUAAUGCUGAGCCAUUCACACGUGCUCCCAGCCAACAGCAGUUGGUGCAAUCCUAUCCCAAUGAAAAUUUUACUGAUGAGGCCACCAAUAUCGAAACGAAAUUCUCAUCUGUUAAGAAAUCAAAUCGUCGUUUCUCCACUGAAACAACAUCUGAGACUAUUGAAGAGUUCACAGAUCAACCGCACUCAACACAUGCGCCCGGUAUUAAAGGCAAGCCAUCGCCCAGCAAAGAUUUCUCCACACAUGGUUUUCCUUCUGUGAAGCCCAACAAGCCGACUCAAGAAUAUCCCACUGAGCGGCCCCAUGGUGCUGCUCAGCCUGAUUUCAGUACUCAUGGGUUUCCCUCAGUGAGGCCAAAUAAACCAACACAGGAAUAUCCAAGCGAUCGUCCUCGCCCUACUGAUGUUGAGUACAUUAAUCAACGUACUGUAGUGGACUCAUAUAAAGCCAGUCCAGUUGACGCGCCACAUGGGUUUCCAGCCGUAAGACCAAACACAAAUUUAACAACAACUAAAGAUGGCGAUGUCAUUAUUGUAAGUUCGGAAUCGACGCGCAGCUCAAAAUAUAAGACCAACGCUGAGCGUGUUAUCGAAACUGAAGUGGUAAUUGAUGGCGACUCCAGCGGUCGGACUCAAAAGCUUACACAACCUGAAAACUUUCCUAACCGUGGGUUUCCCGCUAUGAGAGAUACACCAGCAGGCAAUAGAGAUUCCCCCAGACAUGGCGUACCUGCCAGGGAUUACCCAAGUAAUGUACCAGAUUACUCAACAAAUGGUUUUCCAUCUACCAGAGAUGUGGUGCGACCAAAUUCCGCCCAACCUAUAACUACCAGAAGUGUCGAUCAAGAUGGCAACAUCGUCACAGUGGUGAGUUCUGAAACAAAGAAAACUAUAAAGCAUAAUACGAACCGGGAGCACAUUAUCGAAACAGAAGUUGUAGGUGAUAAUGAGCACUAUACUCCGUCGGGCCUACGACAACCAGAUAAAAUUACAUUUCCACCUACGCCCCAACCAGGAGAUUUCGGUACACAUGGUUUUCCAUCUGUAAGAGACUCGGCGCCCACAAACGAUUACCGACGUCAAGGCACACCAACUCGAGACUAUCCAAGCAGUCCACGUAAACCACAACCAACCGAAGAUUUCUCCACGCAUGGCUUUCCUUCGGUAAGAGACUCGGCACCAGUCAGAGGUGGCACACCGUCACGGGACUACCCUAGUAGCCCUCGUCAGCAACAGCCAAGGGAAGAUUUUACCACACACGGUUUCCCAUCUGUACGAACACCCAAUAAAUCUGGACCGGAUUACUCAAGCCCAAGUGGAGGCUAUCCUUCAACCAAGGAUACUAGUGCGCCCAAAUUGACGCCAACCCCACCAAGAGUACCGCAACCGAGCUCCACGGCUACACGCAAAUCAACAACCACAACAACGGACUCUUCACAACGCCUGAUUUCCAAGGAGCGAGAUGUCGAUGCAACACAUCGUGCCUUUGCUGCUUCCCUAAGGAGCUCUUCGCCAGCGGAUAGCACCGAUCAUCAUCAUCGCACCACACCACGCUCCAGUGUGUCAUCGACUAGAACUUUCAGACGUGAUGGCCGCGAAGGAUCACAUGACAGCGAAACGAGCCGCUUCAGUUCGGGCACAGUUACGCGUUCUUCGCCAAGUAAGAGUGUUGGUAAAACUGUCGUUACAAAGCAAACUGUUGUUAAAACACGUAACGUGAAUGGUUCUAACGAAACAAUUGAUUUAACACCCCAGCAGCGCCCCACUAAAUCGCCAUCGCCUACCAAGACCAUAACGACGACCACCACACGCACCACAACAACAGCAGCAACACCCAGAAAGAGUCCAGCCGGCGAUGUGCCAAAAUCAGUCUAUCCUUCAGAUAAUCAAACAAAAUCUAAGCCAGCCGCAAACACAUUUCCUACUAUUAUUAACGAACCACUAACCAUCACAAAAACCCACUUUACCGCAAAUGACGCCAGCUUCCUCGGAAACGAGGUGGUCGAGGAGCCAUGCUUAAAAAAACACUUUUACAAACUUGGUCCGUCCGACAAAGCAACAACAAAUCAUGCUGACGAGAGGUCACCAUAUUCACCAACAGCACCCAGUAAUCAUUCACAUCGCACUCAUCCCAAAACUAAAUCACCAGUACGGGAUGAUUUCGAUGAUGUUAACCACGAAGAGCCCAUCCAUAAACAACCACUAAGUUCAUCAGUAAUCGAACCUAAACAACGUAAUCGUUUACCAACCGGACCCAGUCCGACCGGUAGUAGACCGCAAACCAUUUGUCAACCAAACUCGAAAGAACCCAGUGUUGAGCGUAGGACUGUUGUGAGAGAAAGUGAAUUCGAAAAUACUGAUUGGCAAAAUACAAUUUUAAAUACAAAUGAAAAACCAUAUCCUGUGAAGAGUGAUUUACCGACACGGCAUGAAAACGAACCACGAACUGAUGAUGAGUACAUUGACGAGUGCACCCUUGGAGGAGAAACACCAAUUGAUACCUCGGAUUAUCCCGUAAUAAGAGAAGAUACAAAGAGACGACCAACUCGCAUAAAUAAAACAGAGACCACAACAAUUGAGAGCAAGCGAAAGGAAAAAUUACGUACAAAUGAAGAAAUUGAGUUAAGCGAGGAAUGCGUUACAAUAAAACCACAAAGCAAAGAACCCACAGAGCGAGCAGGCAAAAAGCCAACUUCCAGGCAACCGUCAGAAACUGUAGGUAAAAGACCACAAGCAGAACCUGUUAAUAGAAGACCCACUGAGGCAGAACCAACUGGUCGUACUCGUGCUAUCAAGAAACCAGUAGACAGUUCACCUAGUCCAACGAGAAAAAUACCUGAUACCACGAGUUCAAAGAUAACGUCAACAACUACAAUAAUGAAAACGACACGCAAAGACAGCACGCGUAUGACCGAUGAUGACAAGCAACCAAAAGAAACUGCACCCAAAAAGCCAACGGAUAGGAAACCUAGUGAUACAGGAAAAGUACCGAUUCACUCUGAAAGUAGCCCGACCAGAAAACCUACUGGUACAUUUACAACCGUGCGCAAAGUGGAUAUUCAGAAACAGCCUGCGGGUCGAAAGCCCACACGUGAAUACCCCACAGAGCCCAACAAUAAAGUCACAAAAAAUGAGAGUCCAGAGCGUAGUCCGACACGUCGAACAACCGAAAGAGCGCAAAUAAUUACAAAACAAGACACACGCAAAGUUGACUCAUAUUCCGUGGAAGAUUACGAACAGUCGGAGGAGCCGGAGUUGGAUGAUGUGACGUAUACAACUCGUACAACGAUUAAAACGGUAACACGCGAGGGAAACGCUUCACCAUCUGCAACGUAUAAACAACCUAAAGAUAGCAACAAGAGGCCACUGGAGGAAAGACCGAUAAAACCUUGCGAAAAGCAGUCACCAUUUUCUAAAAGUGAAAUACCCAUACCAAGCGAUGAGGAGUCUACGCCGACUGGUGGAACUCCUGAAAGUAAAGUGGUAUCAGAGAAAACCACGGAAUCCAUGGACAUAAAAAGUAAGAAAACACAGCUUACAACAACAACUGUGAAGAAUAUCCCGAAUGAAAAAUACCAGCCGGGGCCGAAAAGUAAGCCUUCGAAGCCAGAAUAUAGUGACAUGGACGAUGAGCAGGGUACUUUGCAAACCAUCGAGAAAAUAACUAUCGAAACAAACCGUACUAAGAAGCCGCACCCCAAUAUUGAUUAUGAUGUUUACGUUUAUGAGAACGGAAAACAACCUGAGGAUGAACUCGUCCCAAAUGAGCCACUCAAGAGCGAACCGUCAGCGCGAGAAAGCAAUGGAAAACCAAAACAGUCUUUCAAAACGAUCGAUUCUCAGGUAGAGCAGGAAUCCUCUGACACUGAAAAUGUGCGAACUUCAUUUUUAACCACUCAAAUCAAUAAGAUAGUUACCGAUGAAACGGAACCAAUUCAAUUGACACACCGUACGACUUAUGACGAAAAUAAGAGAGUUAAAGAACUUUUCAGUGAGGUCGAUGAUACGAAUAUAACAAAGAAUGUAAACGAAGAGUUCAUAACCUUCGAACGAGAAGUGCGAGAUCGAGAUGCACCUACGGAAAACUCCUUUAGAACGACAACGUCACAACCAGAGCAUUCCGAACCGAUUACAAAACGAAUGAAACCAUUAGGCGAUCGCAAAACGCAACCGCCACAAGAUCUUGAGCCAAGUCGACCAUUUGAGCGGGAACCCAAAUCGAAACCGGCAGAUAAGCAGCCACUAUCCGUGCAUACAGGUGACAAUGAGACAACGUUUACGGACUUAAAUACCUUGAAAACCACUUCAGUUACAACUACGGUGAAGAGAGAUGAACAAGAGAGACCUUAUGCACCUGAACAACCACGUGAAACGAAACAGUCGAAAGUUCAGGAACCAAAAGAGCUAGAACCGUCUGGGGUCGAUUUAGGUGACACUGAAGAGGACUCAGUGGAAUUGUUUGGAACCACUACAACGAUUAUAACAAAGAAAACAACUCGUAAAGACGAUUUGCUGACUACCGUCGAUGAUGAAGAGCGUGAUAAUGGGGUACCUGACAAAAAGAAACCUGAUGAUGAGAAGCCAAGUGAUAGUGGACCGAACAAACAGAAACCUUUGAAAACUUAUUUCGAUAAAACUAAACCAAACGACACUGAACGCAAGCCCUCUCCUACAGGUAAAACCUUGGAAACUAUUACUAUUACCACUAGUACCGUAAAUAUGGUUGGUGAAAAGCCGUACCCUGAAGAUAUUCAGCAGCCGAGUGAGCCUUUUGAUAAACUUACAGAAAAAAAUCUCACUUCGGAUGAGACAAAACGAGUGGAAGAACUUUUCAAAACUACUACUAAAUCUAAAUACAUAGAAGAUCACAAUGAAGAAUUUAUAGCUAAGGAAAGACGAACGAAGGAAACUCCAGAUGGUGCCUUCAUAUCGAAAGCUCCUGAGCCUGAACCAAGCUCACCGAGUUUCAGGAAGAAAGGUGUUAGUCCCAGGGAGACCUUUGAAGACCGUUGUCGCCAAAUACUAGGUAUGGAAAACUAUGGAGACACUCCUGGCACAUAUACGAAAAGGCCUGAAAAUGUGCCUGCACAAAAAGAACCGAUUACCGCAAACGUCACUGAGUUCGAGGUAAAAAUUGAAGACUGUGAGGAUGAUGAGCCCAAUUAUCUGAAUAAUAUUAAAGAAUCAAUCAAGCCACAGAAAAAAGAACCUUCGACUACAUUUGAUAAGCCGCAGAAAUAUACAAAUCUUGAUAUAUCUGAUGAAGACCUCGUAGAGGAAGUAGAAUGUGUGCGUACAGAUACUGUGGUGCCAUUUAAGAGAAGCUCUCCCGAGCCGACAGAGGCCCCUGCUAAAUUUAACCGCAAAACAACUAAAGUUUCCAAGAAAGAUAUAAAUGAAGAAGACAAUGAGCACAUUGUCUCCAAGACCACUUCCAAGCUAGCAAGGAAAGGCUCAAAGCCAACACCUAAAAAGGAAAAAUUAGGCGAUGACGAGCCAGAGGAGACUUCAUCUAGUGAAUCAGAAAUACCCGAAAAAGAAACAGAUGAAGAAUCUCAGCCAGAUACAGUUGUGUCGAAGAGAGAUAUGCGUUAUACGGAAGAAAUUGAAAUUGAGGAGAACACAAAUUUGAUUGAGAUCGACGAAAAGCAGCAACCUGUGAAGUCAGCUCAAAAACCAGGGAAAAGUCCAACUAGAAAGCCAUCAGAGCCUGAAAUUAGACGUAAAACAUCACCUUUGCGGCCACAACCAUCCGGCCCUUCCACAGUUACCAACACUAUAGAAUCGAAAACAAAAACCCGUGAUUUAAAUAGGAUUACAAAAGUAGUAAAUGAAACGAAGCCAACAAUGAAAUCAGCUGAUUCUCCAGAUAAACAUUUUGUUGUCAAGAAAGAUAAGCCUGCAUCGCCAACAAAGCCACACACAGAACGUAUCCCAAGCGGUAAAGGUUUUACUACUCCCACUAAAAAACAACAGAAACCGAAUGACUCUCCAACCUCUACAAUUAAGGAUCGCUUACGCUCCGCCACUCGCAAUAGAAAACCUUCCGAAACAGAAUCGGAAUCUUCUCUUGAUGGUAGUCCUACUCGUCAUACCGAGCGUAGACGUUCCAGUAAUAUUUCGGUCCACACCGAAAUAAUUAUUGACCACACUGCACCAAAAUCUCCAAAGCCUGACGAAAAGACACCUGAAAAGCAUACACCAUCGUCAAAGAAAGCCACACCAAUUAACGCCACAUCACCCACUAGGCCGUUCCGUCGUUUUCCAGUGACCGAGCGUAAAGAAUCUGCGCCCGUACCUAGUGUUACACGCAAGGAUAAGGAUGCCAAGAUGACCCGUUCCACAAGUGAGAAGGUUAUGAAAGUUACUGAGAAACCUUUGCGAAAAACCGAUUUACACACAUUGGCACCAAGUCCCACUCCGAAAGUUGACAAAAGACCCAAUAAGUGUUUCACUACAAAAACAAUAAAUCUGAGCACCAGUGAUAAACUCAUCAACAGCGAAGAAAUGGAAAAUGUCAUAAUCGAUAUACAACAUGCUAAAAGUUCGCGUGAGCCUUCACCUGACAAAAUCAUACCUACACCGGUACCAGUUCAUUUAGAUACAGGUAAACCGCGAUAUCCCGAUGUUGUACAAGAACCCGAAGAUGAGCCACGGAAGAAACCGGUCAUUACAAACAUACCAAUCUUCGAAGAAGACUCUAACGAAUACAUUCAGUGCCACAUUUCAGAAGUCCAGACGAAAUUGAUAGAUUUGAAGGAAGAUGACAUACUGGAUAAUCCCACCAUCGAGGCUCCGAAAAGUCUUGACUAUCCAUCGAUCGACAAACCUGAUGAUGAUUGUCUUUUGAGCGUGCAUGAGAAGGUUUCCAAAUUCACGCAUACAGCUGAAGAGAUUAAAAAACCAAAAGCAUCCAGUCCGUUUAGCAGAGAGUUCGAUAAAACGCCACUCGUGCCGGAAAAUGACGAGUGUCUACUGACGGUCGAUGAGAAAGUCAGCAAGUUCAUUAAGACAGCCGAAGAGGUAUCGAAACCAAUUACACCACUAAGAGAGGUGGAACGACCAAGUUACACCGAUUUAGAUGAAGAGUUGCAGAGAGAUGAUUGCACCUUGUCCGUUUCACAAAAAGUGAACAAGUUCUUAAGUACUGCGGAGAAAUUGGCACCCACAGCGCCACAAAGGUCACCCGAGCUGGUGGCAAAGAUUGAACGCACCAUUUCGAAACAGAGUGAGCCGGAAUACCCUGAGGGAUUUAGUGAUGAUGAGCUGACACCGUUUUCACAGAAUCACACCAUCGAAUUGGAGAAACGACGUCAAAAAGAUAUACUCUCUCGACCAAGCGUGUUUGAGAAUACAACGAAAAUAGAUCAACGUAACAAUUACACAAAGGAAGAAGUUACCACUGUCAAAAGCACAACCAUAGCUUCCGAAUUUGAAGAAGUAAUACCGCAUACCAGGGACCACACAACGAAGAUUGAGUUGAAGCGUCAGAAAGAUAUUUUAUCCAGACCCUCUAUAUAUGAUAAGAGCUCAAAACCAAGACCGCAAUCUCCCAACAAACGUGAGCCCACGAGUCCAACGAAAAAACAACAACCAUUGUUGACUAACACAAAGCAAGUUGAGUACACAGCAAAAAGAACAAUUGCACAAGAUAAUGAGAAGUUUGAAAGUCGUAAUGAACGUAAGCCUUCAACUCCAACAAUCAAGCAGGAGAGCCGUAAGAGUCCGACAAAACCUUCUACAGUUGCCGUUACCAGAUCACAUUUUGAGCCCACUGAUAAUAAGAAAGCACCACUGAAGAAUUCUAUAGAGCCAAAAACGGAUAGACUACCUUCUACGCUUACCAAUGGUCGGAAACCAGUGAACGAACCGAAACCGAUAGGUAGAAAACCUUCAUCGGAUUCUAUCACAAAUUCUUCCUAUCCGAGCAGAUGUCCCGCAGCACCAGCAGAUCAUCAAUCUCCACAAGGCAGACCACGCAAGCCCGCCACAGAGCCUGACAGCCAUUACCCAAACCGAAAGCCAUUUACUGAAUCUGAGAAAAACACACGUGAUUAUGAAACAAUCGAAUCGGAAACUGAGUUUACUACAACAACUCGGCGCCGAAGCUCGUCAAAGACAAAAGAUUACCUAGAAACUGUGCAAACUGAAAUCGAACGGUUUUCGCCAACUCAAAAAGAGCCUACAACACGUAAAACUCCCACACAGGAAAAACCCCAAAAACCAAAAAUUCUCUCACACAGUCCUACCCGAAAAGAUUCAACCAAUAGCACCACUAAAGUUAAUCAUGUAACUGAGCGCACAAUUCAGCACAAUUCACCUUCAGAUUGUUCUGAUAUUGAAAUCAUUGAAACUGUUAUAGAACGUCCGGCACAAGUCAAAACGCCCACAGCUACAACAACACCUCUUGGGCGUACACGCAUAGUACCCGAUACGGUUGCUGCUCGCCGCAAUAUUUUUGAAAAUAAUACCACUCCGAAGGGGAAGAGACCAAGCGAAAGCAGCUCACCGUCACCAGUUGGCAGACGUCCCUCUUAUAUGGAGCACACCGUGAGCUCUCUGGAGCAUAUCCGGCGUGAUUCUUUAGAAGUGAACAAGCAUAACUAUUCACGCAAGUCCUCCAUUGAAUCGGAGACCAAUUAUGAACGCAAACCCAAUUCGGCGGUGAAGUUCGAUGUGCCACAGAAGCCUCAACGCACCGCCAGUAUACCAGAGGAUAUUGAUGUUGAGAACAUCUUCGAUUUGGAAGUCUUGGAAAGUCUCUUGGAGACGGUCACCUCAUAUGAACUGAGACGCAGAAUUCGUGCGCAAAUACGUUUGGUUAAGAAAAAUGCAAUCAACACUAAUACGGUUGACAAAAGGAAAACUGAAACUAAAACAUCUAAGUCCAUUAGCUCAACUCAUAAAACAUCUACUUACACAUCAAAUGUGCAUCAUGAAGAAACUGACACUAUUAAUGAGAACAUAAAAACAAAGCGGCCAUACGAGAGUAAGACCAGCCCAAAACGUCCGCAAGAGGGGCCAAAAGUUGGGAAGUUAACAGAAAACGGACCAGAAAAAACAUCAACCAGUCUUGGCAAGACAUCCCGUGCACAAGAUAAACUUCGUCGUGAUGAAGAGAUUACAACAAAAACUUCCACAUACGUCAAAACAGAUAACGGUCGCACCGAAAGUCCACAGAGCCCUAGAAGGUUAUCACCCAUACGUCAUCGUAGCCCCGAAACGAAAACUUCACAGCAAGAAGUUGUGAAAGAGCUACGGCGUACCUCGGGUUCAUCAAUGUCCACACAUAAAGAGUACGUAACAAAUGAGCAAGUGGACUAUUCAGAAGAGAAAUUCAACAGCUCCCGACGUGUUGAACAGCGCACUGAUCGUAUUCAGAAAGAACAAAGCCGUGAUCGUAGUUAUAGUCCAGAAUCGAAGAGCCCCAUCCGAGACAACAGAAAAAGUUACGACGUAAAAACCAAGACCACGCCCAACACGCGUAAUAAAAGUCCGGAAGCGAGAAGGCCAACUUAUCAGCGCACAGCCAGUCCGCCAGGCAGAACUCCGAAACAACGAGACGAAUCAUAUAACAUUUCGAAGGUAACAACAGUCAAGACCACAAAAACACGUUCACCUGAGCGCAAAUCUAGCAAACCCAAUACUGAUGAAAACACACCAAUUUGGGUCGAUCGUAAAAAUCUGCUCAAGAGUCCAAGUAGUGCGCCACGUAAAGUGCCAGCUUCGCCGUCAACACGAGCCACGACAACCAAGAGCACCACAUCGAAAUCGACGAGUCAACGUCAAACACAGAAUAGAAACUUCGAAGAGGACUCAAUCACAUCCAGCUAUGGCAUUGGACCGACCGACGAAAAUGGUCUACCAUUAUUCGGUAUUAAAGCGUUGAAGAAGAAGAAGCCGAGUCAGCCCUGUGAAGCAACUGAAGAAGUCACAGGCUAUGUCAUCGAGGAGAAAUACUACUCUGAUAGCAAAACAAAGCCGAAAGUUGAACGAAAGGAGUAUAUUUAUUCAACAAACGCAGAUGAACUCGAAGAAAUAAAGAAAACCAUUGAGCAGAGUCGUAAGUCUAUAGAUGAUGAUGUUGAAAUUGUGAGAAAAGUUGAAAGGCUCAAUAAGGAUCAACUUUUUGACAAACCCGAAGCCAUAAUGCCAGAUACAGAGGACUUCACAUCAACAUCGAGCAAAUAUGUUCGUCGUGGCUCUGUGAAGGAGCUGAGCGAAAAAUUCAUACGCAAAGAGUCUACACAAUCGUUGACAGACAAAUCUGGUGGCUAUCCGAAAGCCGGUUUGAUACUGCGUACCAGCCGUGGACCCUCAACAGAGCCAAGUAGUGAUGGCUAUGAGAUAACCACUGAGAAAUAUACCACAACAUCCAGCGGUGGUCAUGGUUAUCGCUCACUUGGCGGAGAGUCCGAUGAUGAGCACAACGUGUUGCUGCGUCAAAACCAAACUCGUCGCACUUUUGCCGACUAUGGCGACAAGGAAGAUGAGCAAUGCCAUUUGAGUAGUACUCGUUCGUCCACCACCAAGUCGACGCGUUCAUUCCUUAAUAGCAGCGAUGAAACGAAAGUGGUGACCAGUGUUGACGAUGCCUUGGAGCGUAUGCGUAAUGCGGAUUAUGUUGUCGAGGUUGGCGACACGGCUGAGGAUCGUGAGGCGCGUUCUUUAUUGAAUAAAUUUUUAGGUGCUAGCGUUAUAAUGAAGGGCGUUGAGAGUGUUUUACCUACUUCGAAACAAACAACAACUACUACCAUUACUAAAACUUCUUACGCCGAUGGUGAUGACGAUGGCGAUUGCGAUCUACUCAAGAAUAAAGCGGUGAAAACCACACGCAUAACGAAAACGACCAAGUCUGGAAGCUCUUCAACACCAGUUACCCGUACAACUUGUGAUAUCGAGGAGAUCUGGGACGAAGAAAUCUUAAAGGAAUUGCUUGAACAGGCCACAACAUACGAAGAACGCCGGAAGAUACGCGCGCGUCUACGAGAUUUAAUGGCGGAACGUGAAGAGAAAAAAGAUUUGAAAUCGGGUGAGUUAUCUGAUAACGCGCCAGAAGUCGAUGAAAGCAGUUCUAGUGAGUACGAGGAGAUCAUUGAGGAGGUCACUGUCACCGAUUACAGUGACGCUGAAGGCGAUCUUGCGGAAGAAGAACAAGUAAUAGCAGUAGAGAAUUCAAACGAAGACAACGCAAGUAAAAAUAAAGAACUUUCAAAGAACCUAGAAGAAGAACAAGAAGAAGUUAAAAAAGAAGAAAUCACUGUCGAAAAUAUCAAAGAAAAAGAGGGAGAUAAGUUAGUUGAAGAAGUUGUUAAAAAAGUUGAGGAACUAAAAGCUGAAGCGGAGCUUGAAGGCGCUGAAGAUAGCGCAAUUUCACAUUCAAACUCUACCGAAGCGUGCGCCGCAGAUAAAACCGACUCGAAAUCUGUCAAUGACGACAAGGAGCAACAAGCCGCUACAUCGACCACUGAGAAAACGGAAACCAAGGAAAAAGAUGGCGCCGUUGUGACUACAACAACGAAAGUUACAACACGCACUGUAACCGGCGCUGGCGGCACUGCAGCCAAGCCAGUUUCACCGUUUGCGAAAUUCCGUCAGUUGGACAAACAAAGCUCACAGCAAUCUCCAAAAUCACCGUCAACACCCACCACUCCCGGGGGCACCGCAGCCUCACCUUCCGGUUCCGCACGUAUAUUCCAAUUCACAGAUCCGGCAUUAAAUGCGCGAGCGGCCACUGUUAAGGAACAGCUGCUGCAGUGGUGUCAAUCGAAAACACAGGAAUAUGAGAACGUCCAAAUAAGCAACUUUAGUGCCAGCUGGUCAGAUGGCUUAGCAUUUUGUGCUCUAAUACAUCACUUCUUGCCCGAUGCCUUCGAUUAUACUCAAUUAACACCCAAAAACCGAAGACAGAAUUUUGAAUUAGCUUUCACCGUGGCCGAUGAGAAAGCUGGCAUAGCGCCACUACUUGAUGUCGAGGAUAUGGUAGAGAUGAAACGACCUGAUUGGAAAUGUGUUUUCAUCUAUGUGCAAAGCAUCUACCGUCGCUUUCGUAAUUGCCAAUAAAAUAGGAAUCAAAAACCAAAUGCAAUAACACCUACGACAUACACAACCAACCACACAUAACCACUGCGGUCACUAUUACUACAUAUAUAUAUACAUAUGCUAUAUACACUUACAUAUAGAAUACUGAUAUACAUAAUAUAUAACUGUUUACUAAUCCACAUUUGCCAUGAAACAAAUUUGAUGAAGAAAAAAAGAAGCACAAGAAUGAGUGGGGACUAAAAGAGUUGAACCAAAAUAAUCCUCGAAACUUGAAAUAUUUUAAAUAAUUCUUCUUGAACAUAUGAUUAUUGGGAAAAAAUGUAUUUGUGAUUUGCGCCAUUCUUGCAGAGCAAACAUGUAUAUAAUCCUUCGUGUUAUGGUCAAUUAAAGUUUUAAAUUGUUUUUAAAUAAACUGAAUUUGACAAUUAAUUAAUAGAUUAAAUUUUUGUGAAAAAUUUACGCAUACAUAAAUACAUAUGUUUGUGGGCGUAGGCUUUGUUAGAAAAACGGAUUGAUAUUUCUCAAGAAUUUAUGCGCUUCGGUGCAAAAGAAAACGAUUUCAAUUAAACUAUCGUUGUUGUUGGUGCAUACAAACCUAAAAUUGUUAUGAAACUACUUUUUGUUUGCUUUUAUAUUUGUAAAAUAUAAGACAGACAGCGAAAAUAUAAGGAUAUUAUUGAUGAUACAUAAAUACCACAAUACAUACAUAUAUAUUCAAACAAUCACUCACCUACAUAUAAAUGAAAUAAAAAAAAAAUAUAAAAAAAAGUUAUGUAUAGUUGUAAAAUUUAUGAAAAAUCUAUACAAACAGACAUACAUACGUUUCGAUUUAAUACAAUACAUGUGAAAUCACGCCUUUAUACUAACAUAAUGUUAAAUACAAAUAAAUAUACACACGUUUAAAUUAAAGAGAAAAAAAAUUAAAUACGAAAUUUUUUCAUUAGCUCGCGGCUGCAGCUGCAGGCAUAAAUCCAUUACUACAUACAUUUACUCGUCCAUAUAUGUAUUUAUAUUUGUAUAUGCAUAACAAAUACACUCACUAACAUAAUAAUAAAUAAAUAAAAAUCCUUUGUGUAACUACAAUUAUUAUGUAUUCAAAUUAUAUAUAAAGUGAUUAACCUCUCGAUUAAUUUUAUUCGAACAAUUCAAAUUUUUUGUAUAUUUCGCAGCUGGAUUAUGUAAAAUUUCCGUAUGAUAUUAAACUUAAAGAAUAUGUAUUUAUGAUAAUUUCAUUUUACGAUUUUUUAUAUCUUUUCAAUUUAAAAAAAAAAUUUGUUUUUGUUUGUACUGCUACUAAUUGUUGUUACGAAAAUAUAGAAAUUAACAUUUUCAAGCUACAACAAAAA